UUUAAAUGCAGCAAGAUUUACAGGAGGAGUUCUUCUGUUUUUGCUUCAGUGAGUGAGUUGUUGGCGAUUCAAUUGUGAUGAAGAAGAAACCCCAAAAGGAAGUGGUCUAUAAACAUGUUUUCCAGCAAAGUCUAUAAAUUCUCUUUCUCUAUCUCGCACCAAAAGUGAAACCGUUUGUGACUGCAAAUAGUUUCAAACUGCAGAUUUCCUCUUUCAAGUUAGAGCCUUGCUUCCUGUGAAGGAAGAAAGUGUAUCAGAGGACAGACGUAGAGCACCAAAGUAGUCCCAGGGAGCAGGAUGGACAAGUUUCGUACGGUGUUUGAUUUCUGCCUUAAUCACCAGAAGGCACUGGGCUAUGGGGCUGUCUCUCUGUUGACGGUUGGCAGCGAGCGCAUCUUUUCUGCUGUGGUGUUCAGAUGCCCUUGCAACUCCUGGAAUAUGCUCUAUGGGCUGGUCUUCCUCUUGGUGCCAGCCCUUAUUCUGUUUCUGCUUGGCUUCUUGCUCAGUAGCCAGUCUUGGAAGAUACUCACCGGAAGCUGCGCCCCCAACAGGCUGUGCAGGUGCCCUCACGGGACCCGAUUCCGGCACUACUUGAAAGUGCUGGGGCUGGUGAUUGUCAGAGCAUCUGUUGCUCCCUUGACAUGGAUUGCUGUGGCCUUACUGGGAAGCCGCUUCUAUGAGUGUGCCGUUUCUGGGAGCUCUGCAAUGCAGGCGUACAUGUGCAAAGGCAAAGGGCAUGAGUGUGUUGAGAAAAUGCCUCAGGUGCCUUGUCAGAGUGGCACUGCUACCUCGGAGAUGCAGGAUAUGCUCAUGAGCCUUCAAGCACAGUCUCAGGUGCUGGGGUGGAGUUUGAUCGCCAGUGUCUUCCUAUUGGCCCUAGUUUCUACAUGCAUCUCCCGUUGCUGUUCUCCAGUCAGUAUUCUCCAGCUUGCCUUCUGGAAAGUCUACCUGGAGCAAGAGCAGCAGCUUUUUGAGCAAAAGGCCAAGGAUCACGCAGCGAAGCUGGCAGAGAGGAACGUCAAGUGCUUCUUUGAUUCCACAGAACUGGACGAGUUUCCAACUCCAAGUGCCAAAGAGUGGCACGGCAUUUCUUCCUUGUUCACCUUUAACCCUAAAAAAGAUUACUACAGCAUGAUGCACAAAUAUGUCAGCAGCAAAACCAACACUGGCAGCCUUAGGUCUGUGGAGGGGGAUACAGUUCCUUGUUGCCUGGGGUUUGUGGAUGGCGCUGGUGGUAUUGACACACAAGGCUUAUAGUGAAAUAAUUGCUUAGCCCAUCAGGCUCCGUUACAAGAAGAUGUCUAACUGAACAUGGUUGUUAUUUCCUCUUUCCUCUUUCCCCCCUCUUUCUCUUGUUUUUUGGUGUUGGGUUGUGCUUUAUAUGUAUGGUGUGUAUACAGCCUGACCAUAAUUAACCUCUGACUCCUACUAAGACAUACAGUGGUACCUCUGGUUACAUACUUAAUUCGUUCCGGAGGACCGUUCUUAACCUGAAACUGUUCUUAACCUGAAGCACCAC